CAUGGUCGCCGUCGCUGAUGGUGCGUUGGACGGUGCCGAAAGGACGGGUGUGGGCAGGGUAAACCGCCAAGGCAGAAGUCUGCUAAGCUUCUUUAGGGGCUUAUUUGGCUCUAAACAGCGCCUGCCGUCGGCUGCUGGCCCGCUGGUGAUUCGGCCGGUCAUACAGCUCCUGUCGCCGCCGACCUGCAAGGGUGCAUCGUGCAGCGGCCCUGCGGUCAGCCCGCCAGCGGUCAGCGGCCCAGCAGUCAGCCCGUCGCAGUGCAGCCGCCACAGGCCGUGUCCCCAGGGCGUCUGCCUGCGGGGCCGGUGCGAGGCCUGCUCCUCCGACCCGCAGUGCGGCCGCGGCCGGCGGUGCUCCGGGGGCCGCUGUAUGGCCCUCUUGAGCGCCGGGCAGCGCUGCUUCACUGACGGCAGCUGCCUCUCCAGGAAUUGUCUGUACGGGCGCUGCGCCGCGUGCUCGCUCUACCAGCCCUGCGCCGAGCACGAGUACUGUCUGAGCGGCCAGUGCCGGCCGCCCGGUGAACUCGGAGAGCGAUGUCAUGUGGACAAGAACUGCCGGUCUCAUGUCUGCCUGCGGAACAGCUGUACUGAGUGCAGGAACCACACGGAUUGCAGAGCAGACCAAUUCUGCUCGGAAGGCAGCUGUCACGCCAAGCGGUUGCUGUUCCAGAGCUGCCGUGACGGCUCUGAAUGCAGCUCGGCACUCUGCGGCACUCAGAAGGUGUGUGUCGAGUGCCAGAGGACGGCCGACUGCCGGCAGGGCCGCUCGUGCCGCGUCGGUCACUGCGUGCCGUCCGAGGUCCUCGGCGGCUACUGCAGCGACGACUCCAACUGUCGUAGCGGCCGGUGCGGCCCGCUAGGAACCUGUGUCUCGUGUCGGGUGGACCGGGAGUGUCGCGGCGGUCACUUCUGCGCCAGGGGGGAGGGCGAAUGCUACCCGUUCGGAGAGAAACUGGACUGGUGUACCGAAAACAGCCAGUGUCGCAGCCAAAUCUGCUCCCCAUCCCGCGUCUGCGCAGAUUGUGUCUCACUUAGGGACUGCAAGGAGGGAGAGAUCUGCUUUCAGAAUCUAUGCACCCCGAUCUAAGCUUUUCCAUAUAAGCCAGCCGUGUUCUAAGCACUUAAGGAGACACAAUAAUGUUAAUAGCGUAAAAUUUUGAUUACAAAAGACUUUCUAUCGUGACACCGUCGGAUACAGUGAAGGCUUGCAUGGUCCAUGUAUUAUGAAUAAUAAAACCGUGCCUAACGACGGGUCCUGAAUCUGAUAUUACAUUGGUCAGAGAUCCGCGGAGCCUGGCGACACUUGACGAACCGA